AUGGACAAGGGAAAAGAACCGAUGCGAGAGGAAGGUGCCCCGGAAAAUUCCGCAAAGAAACAAAACGCCCCCAUAGUAAUUCCAGACGAAGAACGUUGGAUGGAUGAACAACACACCCUCAAAGGCGGAGAAGAGCAUCUGGAGGAAAAAGUCCGCCAGGUCAUGAGCAGGCUUGGAAUAAGAUGUGAAGACGUAGACAUCUCUCUUCGAAGUGACUCACCACUUGCAGAUUUCAUCAUCUCUCACGAGUUCCCUACAAAGUUCAGAUACCCUCCAAAUUUGGAAUCAUACGAUGGAACAGGCUGUCCCAAGAGCCAUAUUCACAAAUUCCAAGCGGUGAUCAAUGUUCAGACAAACUUAGAUCACGUACUAUGCAAACUUUUUCCUACUACCUUGAAAGGUCUGGCGCAGGAAUGGUACCAGAGUUUAAAGCCAGGAUCAGUGCUGACGUUCAAACAAUUCUCAGGACUCUUCCAGGCUAGAUUCGUGGCAUGCAUCCCUCAAAAGAAGCUGUCCACAGACUUGUUGGCCAUCAUGCAAUGGGAAGGAGAGACACUCAGGAAGUAUGUAGAAAGAUUCAAUAAGGAGGCGAUGCAGAUAGAAGACCUGAGCCAGGAGAUCGCCUACACAGCAUUACUCAAUGGAACUACCAACUCCGACCUACGAAAGGAAUUGUUGGCUAAAUCACCAAAAUCAUUUACCACACUGAUGACCAUCGCACAUACACAGAUCAGAGUGGAUGAUGGCCAGAGAGAGAUAGAGAAUCGCCUCGGACGGGUAGAAGAACGAACGUUUGCAGAAAGAAGGAAUGGGGACAGAUCGCCCACAGGAAAGAGGUUCGGAGAAAAAGGCAACGACCAUUUCAAAAAUAAAAGGAAAAAAGACGAAGAUAGGCGAUAUACGCCCCUGAACACAACCAGAACUAACGUACUGUUUUGGGUAAAAGACAGCCGAGAGAAGGUCAGAUGGCCAAGGAAGAUGAACGCUGCAUCAGCCAGCAAAAGAGACAACAGCAAAUACUGCGAAUUUCACAGAGACAACGGCCACACCACAAAUGAAUGCUGGCACCUGAAGGAGGAGAUAGAGAAGCUGAUAGAAAGGGGAUCCCUUUCCCAGUUCGUAAAAAGGGACACCGAAGCCAGAGAGACGGAAUCAGAAAGAAAGAAAGAGCGGAAAGAAGAAACCGCCAGAAGACCCAGACCAGAGCCAGCAGGCGUGGUUAACAUAAUAAUGGGCGGAUCGACCGGAGGAGACAACAAUACUACAAGAAAGAAAGCUGCAAGAACAGUCUACUCAGUUAGCCCAGGUGCACCAAAUGCUAAGAAAUUCAGAAGCAUAUCUUUUUCGGAGGGCGAUAGUCAUGGCUUAUCAGUCCCCCAUGAGGACCCCUAG